AUGGCGGACUCGGUGCCUGUGGUCGUGGACAAUGGCACAGGUGCACAGGACUCACGCACAGGCUCCAAUUUCCCGGAGCAUGUGUUCCCUUCGAUUGUCGGUCGUCCGAUUCUGCGCGCUGAAGAGCGCGACGCGAUCUCUGCGUCGGGUGUACAGAUCAAGGACCUCAUGGUCGGAGACGAGGCCGAGGCGGUCCUGCUCACCGCAGUGUGGAACUAUACCUUUGAUGAGAAACUCAAGAUCGACCCGCGCGGUCGCAAGAUCCUGCUGACGGAGCCGCCCAUGAACCCGAAGCGAAACCGCGAAGAAAUGUGCCGCAUCAUGUUCGAAGAGUAUGGCUUUGAUGGUGUCUAUGUGGCGAUCCAGGCCGUCUUGACGCUCUAUGCACAGGGUCUGCAGACAGGUGUGGUUGUGGACAGCGGUGAUGGUGUAACGCACAUUGUGCCCGUGUAUGAGGGCUUUGCGAUGCCGCAUCUCACGCGGCGCCUCGACGUGGCGGGCCGAGACGUGACGCGCCAUCUGAUUAAGCUCCUGCUGACGCGCGGGUACGCUUUCAACCGUACCGCGGACUUUGAGACGGUGCGCCAGAUCAAGGAGAAGCUCUGCUACGUCAGUUACGACCUGCCCCUGGAUAAGCGCCUGGCCGACGAGACGACGGCGCUCGUUGAGUCGUACACACUGCCCGAUGGGCGCGUCAUCCGCGUUGGCUCGGAGCGCUUUGAGGCGCCUGAGUGCCUGUUCCAGCCGCACCUGAUUGGCCUCGAGCAGCCGGGCAUGGCCGAACUCCUCUUUCAGACGAUUCAAACGGCCGCCGUGGAUGUGCGGCCGGAGUUGUAUAAACACAUCGUGCUGAGCGGUGGCAGCAGCAUGUAUCCUGGUCUGCCAAGCCGAUUGGAAAAGGAAAUGAAGCAGCUAUACCUCGCGCGCGUGCUGCAAGGGGACGGUGCGCGCUUGCCGAACUUUAAGCUGCGCAUCGAGGAUCCCCCGCGCCGCAAGCAUAUGGUGUUCUUGGGUGGUGCUGUCCUGUCAGACAUUAUGAAGAACCGCGAAAGCUUCUGGAUCAGUCGUGCCGAGUGGUACGAGCAAGGUCCUCGCGCGCUCGAUCGGUUGGGUCGCCAUACCUAA